CCGGUCGAGCGGCUGCUCCGCCGGCGACGGCGCUGCGUCACGGGCUUUCAGGCGCUUCGCUCCUGGAGACGGCGACCGCCGUGGGUCUCAGGCGGGCCUCCCGCGCCUCGGGAGCCAGGUCGGCGGCGCGAUGAGGCGCAGCAAGGCCGACGUGGAGCGGUACAUCGCCUCGGUGCAGGGCUCCGCCCCGUCGCCCCGAGAGAAGUCAAUGAAAGGAUUCUAUUUUGCAAAGCUGUAUUAUGAAGCUAAAGAAUACGAUCUUGCUAAAAAAUACGUAUCUACAUAUAUUAAUGUGCAAGAAAGGGAUCCCAAAGCUCACAGAUUUCUUGGUCUUCUUUAUGAAGUGGAGGAAAACAUAGACAAAGCUGUUGAAUGUUAUAAGCGUUCAGUGGAAUUAAACCCAACACAAAAGGAUCUUGUGUUGAAGAUUGCAGAAUUGCUUUGUAAAAAUGACGUUACUGAUGGAAGAGCAAAGUAUUGGGUUGAAAGAGCAGCUAAACUUUUCCCAGGAAGUCCUGCAAUUUAUAAACUAAAGGAACAGCUUUUAGAUUGUAAAGGUGAAGAUGGAUGGAAUAAACUUUUUGACUUGAUUCAGUCAGAACUUUAUGCAAGACCUGAUGAUGUCCAUGUGAACAUCCGACUAGUAGAGCUGUAUCGCUCAAAUAAAAGAUUGAAGGAUGCUGUGGCCCACUGCCAUGAGGCAGAGAGAAACAUAGCUUUGCGUUCAAGUUUAGAAUGGAAUUCGUGUGUUGUACAGACCCUUAAGGAAUAUCUGGAAUCUUUACAGUGUUUGGAGUCUGAUAAAAGUAACUGGCGAACAACCAAUAAAGACUUACUUCUGGCCUAUGCUAACCUUAUGCUUCUUACACUCUCUGCUAGAGAUGUGCAAGAAAGUAGAGAAUUAUUGGAAAGUUUUGAUAGUGCUCUACAGUCUGUGAAAUCUUCCGUGGGAGGAACUGAUGAGCUCUCAGCUACUUUCUUAGAAAUAAAAGGACAUUUCUACAUGCAUGCUGGUUCUCUGCUUUUGAAGAUGAGUCAGCAUAGUGAUGUGCAAUGGCGAGCUCUCUCUGAACUGGCUGCAUUGUGCUAUCUCAUAGCGUUUCAGGUUCCAAAACCAAAGAUUAAAUUAAUAAAAGGAGAAGCUGGACAAAAUCUGCUAGAAAUGAUGGCGUUUGAUCGUCUCAGCCAAUCAGGGCACAUGCUGCUAAACCUAAGUCGUGACAAGCAAGAUUUUUUAAAAGAGGUUGUAGAAUCCUUUGCGAAUAAAAGUGGGCAGUCUGCUUUAUAUGAUGCUCUGUUUUCUAGUCAGUCACCUAAGGAUAGCUCUUUCCUUGGUAGUGAUGAUAUUGGAAACAUUGAUGUACAAGCACCAGAGCCAGAUGAUUUGGCUAGAUAUGAUGUCGGUGCCAUUCGAGCACAUAAUGGUAGUCUUCAGCACCUUACCUGGCUUGGCUUACAGUGGAAUUUGUUGCCUACCCUACCUGCAGUUCGAAAAUGGCUAAAACAGCUUUUUCAUCAUUUGCCCCAGGAAACUUCCAGACUUGAAACAAAUGCACCAGAAUCAAUAUGUAUUUUAGAUCUUGAAGUAUUUCUACUUGGAGUAGUAUAUACGAGCCACUUACAAUUAAAGGAGAAAUGUAAUUCUCACUACAGCUUCUAUCAGCCACUAUGCUUGCCAUUUCCUGUGUGUAAACAGCUUUGUACAGAAAGACAAAAAUCUUGGUGGGAUGCAGUUUGUAAUCUAAUUCACAGAAAAGCAAUACCUGGAACCUCAGCAAAAUUGCGACUUUUAGUCCAACAUGACAUAAACACUCUAAGGGGCCAGGAAAAACAUGGUCUUCAGCCUGCUCUGCUUGUACAUUGGGCAAAAUGCCUUCAGAAAACGGGCAGCGGUCUUAAUUCUUUUUAUGAUCAACGGGAAUACAUUGGCAGAAGUGUUCAUUAUUGGAGGAAGGUUUUGCCCUUGUUGAAGACAAUCAAAAAGAAGGGCAGUAUUCCUGAACCUACUGACCCUCUGUUUAAACAUUUUCAUAGUGCAGAUAUUCAGGCAUCUGAAAUUGGUGAAUAUGAAGAAGAAGCACACAUCACGUUCGCUAUAUUGGAUGCAGUUAAUGGAAAUAUAGAAGAUGCUAUGACUGCUUUUGAAUCUAUAAAAAAUGUUGUUUCUUAUUGGAAUCUUGCACUGAUUUUUCACAGAAAAGCAGAAGACAUUGAAAAUGAUGCCCUUUCUCCUGAAGAACAAGAAGAAUGCAAAAAUUAUCUGAGAAAGACCAGGGACUACCUAAUAAAGAUUUUAGAUGACAGUGAUUCAAAUCUUUCAGUGGUCAAGAAAUUGCCUGUGCCCUUGGAGUCUGUAAAAGAAAUGUUUAAUUCAGUCAUGCAGGAACUUGAUGACUAUAGUGAAGGAGGUCUUCUUUAUAAAAAUGGUUCUUUGCGAACUGCAGAUUCAGAAAUAAAAUAUUCUACACCAUCUGCCACCAGAUAUUCUCUAUCACCAAGUAAAAGUUACAAGUAUUCUCCCAAAACACCACCACAGUGGGCAGAAGAUCAAAAUUCUUUACUGAAAAUGAUCUGCCAACAAGUAGAGGCCAUUAAGAAAGAAAUGCAGGAGUUGAAACUAAAUAGCAGUAACUCAGGGUCUCCUCAUCGUUGGCCUACAGAGAAUUAUGGACCAGAUUCAGUGCCUGAUGGGUAUCAAGGAUCACAGACUUUUCAUGGGGCUCCACUAACAGUUGCAACUACUGGCCCUUCAGUAUAUUAUAGUCAGUCACCAGCAUAUAAUUCCCAGUAUCUUCUCAGACCAGCAGCUAAUGUUACUCCCACAAAGGGUCCUGUUUAUGGCAUGAAUAGGCUUCCACCUCAGCAGCACAUUUAUGGCUAUUCGCAACAGAUGCACACACCACCAGUGCAAAGCUCAUCUGCUUGUAUGUUCUCUCAAGAGAUAUAUGGUCCUCAGUUGCGUUUCGAGUCUCCUGCAACAGGAAUUCUAUCACCCAGGGGUGAUGAUUACUUUAAAUACAGUGUUCAACAGACAAGCACAAAUCCACCUUUGCCAGAACCGGGUUAUUUCACAAAACCUCCAGUUGCGGCUCAUGCUUCAAGAUCUGCAGAAUCUAAAGUUAUAGAAUUUGGAAAAACUAAUUUUGUUCAGCCUGUACCAGGUGAUGGAAUAAGGCCAUCUUUGACAGCCCCUGCACAUACAACACAGCCGACUACUUUUAAAUUUAACUCGAAUUUCAAAUCAAAUGAUGGUGACUUCACGUUUUCCUCACCACAGGUUGUGACACAGCCCGCUUCUACAACUUACAAUAAUAGCGAAAGCCUUUUAGGUCUCCUGACUUCAGAUAAACCCUUGCAAGGAGAUGGCUUCAGUGGACCAAAAGCUGUUCAUACCAUUGGACCUCGGAGUACAUUCAAUUUUGGGAGCAAAAAUGUGCCUGGAAUUUCAUUUACUGAAAACAUGGGCCCAAGUCAGCAAAAGAAUUCUGAUUUUUGUCGAAGUGACGAUAUGUUUACUUUCCAUGGUCCAGGGAAAUCAGUGUUUGGAACACCUGCUCCAGAGCUGGCCAACAAGAAUCAUGAAACAGAUGGAGGGAGUGCCCAUGGUGAUGAUGAUGAUGAUGGCCCUCACUUUGAGCCUGUGGUACCUCUUCCUGAUAAGAUUGAAGUGAAAACUGGUGAGGAAGAUGAAGAAGAAUUCUUUUGCAAUCGUGCAAAAUUGUUUCGUUUUGAUGCAGAAUCCAAAGAAUGGAAGGAACGUGGAAUUGGCAAUGUAAAAAUACUGAGGCAUAAAACAUCUGGUAAAAUUCGCCUUCUAAUGAGACGAGAGCAAGUAUUGAAAAUCUGUGCAAACCAUUACAUCAGUCCAGAUAUGAAACUGACACCAAACACUGGAUCAGACAGAUCUUUUGUAUGGCAUGCUCUUGAUUAUGCAGAUGAGUUGCCCAAACCAGAACAACUUGCUAUUAGAUUCAAAACUCCUGAGGAAGCAGCACUUUUUAAGUGCAAGUUUGAAGAAGCCCAGAGCAUUUUAAAAGCCUCAGGCGCAAAUGUAGCUACAACAACAAAUCAGCUACAACAAAUGAGAAUUGUAAAAGAACCCACAAGCCAUGAUAACAAGGAUAUUUGCAAAUCUGAUGCUGGAAACAUGAAUUUUGAAUUUCAAGUUGCAAAGAAAGAAGGGUCUUGGUGGCAUUGUAACAGCUGCUCAUUAAAGAAUGCUGCAACUGCUAAAAAAUGUGUAUCAUGCCAAAAUCUAAACCCAAGCAAUAAAGAACUCCUUGGCCCACCAUUAGUUGAAACUGUUUCCGCUCUUAAAACUGGCCCAGAAAACACUCCAGAUAGAUUUGCAUUGACGACUCCAAAGAAAGAAGGUCAAUGGGAUUGUAGUAGUUGUUUAGUAAGAAAUGAACCUACUGUAUCUAGAUGCAUUGCAUGCCAGAAUACAAAGUCUGCUAACAAAAGUGGAUCUUCAUUUGUUCAGGAGGCUUCCUUUAAAUUUGGCCAGGGAGAUCUUCCUAAGUCUGUUAACAGUGAUUUCAGAUCUGGUUUUUCUAUAAAGGAGGGACAGUGGGAUUGCAAUGUAUGCUUGGUACGAAAUGAAGGAAGUUCUACAAAAUGUGUUGCUUGUCAGAAUCCCAGAAAACAGAGUUUACCUACUUCUUCUGUUUCAGCACCUGCUUCUUUUAAGUUUGGUACUUCAGAGAUAAAUAAACCUCCAAAAAGUGGAUUUGAAGACAUGUUUGCUAAGAAGGAAGGACAGUGGGAUUGCAGUUCAUGCUCACUACGAAAUGAAGCAAAUGCUACGAAAUGUGUUGCUUGUCAGAAUCCAGGUAAACCGAGUCUGUCUACUUCUGCUGUUCCAACCCCUGCCUCUUUUAAGUUUAGUACUUCAGAGACAAGCAAGGCUGCAAAGAGUGGAUUUGAAGGAGUUUUCACCAAGAAGGAAGGACAGUGGGAUUGCAGUGUGUGUUGUGUGCAAAACGAAGCAAGCGCUACCAGAUGUGUUGCUUGUGCUUGUCAGAAUCCAGGUAAACAAAAUCAGCCUACUUCUGCCAUUUCAGCACCUCUCUCUUCUGAUACAAGCAAGGCUGCAAAGAGUGGAUUUGAAGGAGUUUUCACGAAGAAGGAAGGACAGUGGGAUUGCAGUGUUUGCUGUGUGCAAAAUGAAAGUUCUUUCUUAAAAUGUGUGGCUUGUGGUGCCUCCAAACCAGCUCAUAAACCUGUUGCAGAAACUCCUUCAGCUUUCACAUUGGGAUCAAAAACUAAGUUAAAUGACUCUUGUGGAAGUCACGUGGGAACAGGAUUUAAAAGUAACUUUUCAGAUAAAGCUUUUAAAUUUGGCAGUGCAGAACAAGGAUUUAAAUUUGGGCAUGUGGAUCAAGAAAAUAUACCUUCAUUUACAUUUCAGGGUUCUUCUAACAUAGACUCUAAGUCAACAAAAGAAGGAUUUAGUUUUUCUAUCCCUGUGCCUGCUGAUGGAUUUAAAUUUGGCAUUCAGGAGCCAGGAAAUCAAGAGAAGAAGGGUGAAAAGCCCCUUGAAAAUGACACGAGUUUUCAGGCUCAGGAUGUUAGUAGUCAGAAGAAUGAUAGUGGUGUGAUUUUUGGUCAAACUGGUAGCACUUUUACCUUUGCAGAUCUUGCAAAAUCAACUUCAGGAGAAGGAUUUCAAUUUGGCAAAAAAGACCCUAAUUUCAAGGGAUUUUCAGGUGCUGGAGAAAAAUUAUUCUCAUCACAAAGUGGUAAAAUGGCUGAUAAAGCUGACACUUCCACUGACCUUGAGAAAGAUGAUGAUGCCUAUAAGACUGAGGACAGUGAUGAUAUCCAUUUUGAACCAGUAGUUCAAAUGCCUGAAAAAGUGGAACUUGUAACAGGAGAAGAAGAUGAAAAAGUUCUUUAUUCACAGCGGGUAAAAUUAUUUAGAUUUGAUGCUGAGAUAAGUCAGUGGAAAGAAAGGGGUUUGGGGAACUUAAAAAUUCUCAAAAAUGAAGUCAAUGGCAAACUAAGAAUGCUGAUGCGAAGAGAACAAGUACUAAAAGUGUGUGCUAAUCAUUGGAUAACAACUACAAUGAACCUGAAGCCUCUCUCUGGAUCAGAUAGAGCAUGGAUGUGGUUAGCUAGUGAUUUUUCUGAUGGUGAUGCCAAACUAGAGCAGCUGGCAGCAAAAUUUAAAACACCAGAGCUGGCUGAAGAAUUCAAGCAGAAAUUUGAGGAAUGCCAGCGACUUUUGUUAGAUAUACCACUUCAAACUCCCCAUAAACUUGUAGAUACUGGCAGAGCUGCCAAGUUAAUACAGAGAGCUGAAGAAAUGAAGAGUGGACUAAAAGAUUUCAAAACAUUUUUGACAAAUGAUCAAACAAAAGUCACUGACGAAGAGAGUAAGAGUUCAGGUGUAGGUCUUGCUAGUGCUCCAGACGCAACCACCAAGCCAAGUCUUGAGAACACUGGGCCCACGUUAGAGUGGGAUAACUAUGAUUUAAGGGAAGAUGCUUUGGAAGAUAGCGUAAGUAGCAGCUCGGUACAUGCUUCUCCAUUGGCAAGUAGCCCUGUGAGAAAAAAUCUCUUCCGCUUUGGUGAGUCAACAACAGGAUUUAACUUCAGUUUUAAAUCUGCUUUGAGUCCAUCUAAAUCUCCUGCCAAGUUGAAUCAGAGUGGGACCUCAGUUGGCACUGAUGAAGAAUCUGAUGUUACUCAAGAAGAAGAGAGAGAUGGACAGUACUUUGAACCCGUUGUACCUUUACCUGAUCUAGUUGAAGUAUCCAGUGGUGAGGAAAAUGAACAAGUUGUUUUCAGUCACAGAGCAAAACUCUAUAGGUAUGAUAAAGAUGUUGGUCAGUGGAAAGAAAGAGGCAUUGGUGAUAUAAAGAUUUUACAGAAUUAUGAUAAUAAGCAAGUUCGAAUAGUAAUGAGAAGGGACCAGGUGUUAAAACUUUGUGCCAAUCACAGAAUAACUCCAGACAUGACUUUGCAAAAUAUGAAAGGGACAGAAAGAGUGUGGGUGUGGACUGCAUGUGAUUUUGCAGACGGAGAAAGAAAAGUAGAACAUUUAGCUGUCCGUUUUAAACUACAGGAUGUUGCAGACUCAUUUAAGAAAAUAUUUGAUGAAGCAAAAAUAGCCCAAGAAAAAGAUACUUUGAUAACACCUCAUGUUUCUCGUUCAACCACUCCCAGAGAGUCCCCAUGUGGCAAACUAGCGGUAGCUGUAUUAGAAGAAACCACAAGAGAGAGGACGGAUUUAAUUCAGGGUGAUGAUAUAGCAGAUGCAACUUCAGAAGUUGGAGAACUGUCUAGCACGUCAGAAACAACAACAAAAGCAGUGGUUUCUCCUCCAAAGUUUGUAUUUGGUUCAGAGUCUGUUAAAAGCAUUUUUAGUAGUGAAAAAUCAAAACCAUUUGCAUUUGGCAACAGUUCAGCUACUGGAUCUUUGUUUGGAUUUAGUUUUAAUACACCUUUGAAAAAUAACAGUAGUGAAACUACCUCAGUAGUCCAGAGUGGAUCUGAAAGAAAAGUGGAAUCUGAUAGUCGUGAGGAGUCAAAGGACUCUGAUGCCGAGCAGUCUUCAGAAGGCAAAGUCAAAAGUUUCUUUGCUUCUUUUCCAAAGGAAGAGACCUCAACUAAAUACACAUUUAAAACACCAGAAAAGGGAUUUAAUUUUAGCCUUUUUAAAUCUAAUCCAAUGGCUUUUUGGACCAGCACCCCUUCCUCACAGCCUGAGGACAAAGCAAAACAGGAGAAAAAACUUGAAGAUCUUCCCUCAGAUGACGAUGUUCUCAUUGUAUAUGAGCUAACCCCAACCCCUGAGCAAAAAGCUCUUGCAAGCAAACUUAAACUUCCUCCAACUUUCUUCUGCUAUAAGAAUAGACCAGAUUAUGUUAGUGAAGAAGAAGAGGAUGAUGAGGAUUUUGAAACAGCUGUCAAGAAACUUAAUGGAAAACUAUAUCUGGAUGAUUCAGAAAAAUGUAGACCACUAGAAGAAAAUCUAACAGAUAAUGAGAAGGAAUGUGUUAUUGUUUGGGAAAAGAAACCAACAGUUGAAGAGAAGGCAAAAGCAGAUACAUUAAAGCUUCCACCUACAUUUUUUUGUGGAGUCUGCAGUGACACUGAUGAGGACAAUGGAAAUGGGGAAGACUUUCAGUCAGAGCUUCAGAAAGUUCGGGAAGCUCAAAAAUCCCAGAAUGAGAAACUAAGUAGCACAGCCGACAGUGUGUGUACAGGUGGGACUGAAGUUACUGUACCAUUUUUAUCUAAGUCUGAAGAUCCUGAUUUGAUUACCAAAUCCAUUAGUUCACGACCUAUAUCUUCUGGAACUGUGGACAAACCUGUAGAUUUGUCUACUAGAAAGGAAAAUGAUGCAGAUUCUACAAGCCAAGUGGAAAGCAAAACAGUUUCAUUUGGAUUGGGAAGUAGCACAGGGCUGUCAUUUGCAGACUUGGCUUCCAGUAACUCUGGGGAUUUUGCCUUUGGUUCCAAAGAUGAAAAUUUCCAGUGGGCAAAUACUGGAGCAGCUGUGUUUGGAACACAGUCAACCAGUAAAGUUGGUGAAGACGAAGAUGGUACAGAUGAAGAAGUAGUUCAUAAUGAAGAUAUCCAUUUUGAACCAAUAGUGUCAUUACCAGAGGUGGAAGUAAAAUCUGGAGAAGAAGAUGAAGAAAUUUUAUUUAAAGAGAGAGCCAAACUUUAUAGAUGGGAUCGAGAUGUCAGUCAGUGGAAGGAGCGUGGUGUUGGAGAUAUAAAGAUUCUUUGGCAUACGAUGAAGAAUUACUAUCGGAUCCUGAUGAGAAGAGACCAAGUCUUUAAAGUGUGUGCAAACCAUGUCAUUACCAAAACAAUGGAAUUAAAACCCUUAAAUGUUUCGAACAAUGCUUUAGUUUGGACUGCUUCAGAUUAUGCUGAUGGAGAAGCCAAAGUGGAACAGCUUGCAGUAAGAUUUAAAACUAAAGAAAUGGCUGAUUGUUUUAAGAAAAAAUUUGAAGACUGUCAACAGAAUUUAUCGAAGCUCCAAAAAGGGCAGGUAUCACUGACAGCCGAGUUAUCAAAGGAGACAAAUCCUGUGGUGUUUUUUGAUGUUUGCGCAGAUGAUGAACCCCUUGGACGUAUAACCAUGGAAUUAUUUUCACACAUUGUUCCUCAAACUGCUGAGAACUUCAGAGCACUGUGCACUGGAGAGAAGGGCUUUGGUUUCAAGAACUCCAUUUUUCACAGAGUGAUUCCAGAUUUUGUUUGCCAAGGAGGAGAUAUCACCAAACAUGAUGGAACAGGAGGACAGUCCAUUUAUGGAGAUAAAUUUGAAGAUGAAAAUUUUGUUGUGAAACAUACUGGUCCUGGCUUACUAUCGAUGGCCAAUCGAGGCCGGGAUACCAAUAAUUCUCAAUUUUUUAUAAUACUGAAAAAAGCAGAACAUUUGGACUUUAAGCAUGUAGUAUUUGGGUUUGUUAAGGAUGGCAUGGAUACUGUGAAAAAGAUUGAAUCAUUUGGUUCACCAAAAGGGUCUGUUAGUCGAAGAAUUAGUAUCACAGAAUGUGGACAGAUAUAAAAUCAUUGUUUUUCAUAGUACCUGUAUAAACAGCUGAAUUGAAGCUUAGCCGUUAUGACAAUAUGGUAAUUAUGUUCAGCUUUUGAAAAUGAACGUUUCCAAUGUAUAAAUGUAAAAUUGCAGCUUAUAGCUGUUGUCACUUUUUAAUGUGUUAUAAUUGACCUUGCAUGGUGUGAAAUAAAAGAUAAAACACUGGUAUAUUUCAGGUGUACUUGUGUUUAUGUACUCCUGACAUAUUUGUAUUAAAAUGGAAUAAUACUAAUCUUGUUAAAAGCAAUAGACCUUCUCAAACUAUUGAAGGAAUAUGAUAUAUGCAAUUUAAUUUUAAUUCCUUUUAAGAUAUUGGACCUCCUGCAUGGAUAUACUUACUAUUUGAAUAAAGGGACCACAACUUGGAUAAUUUUUAUUUUAGAUUUGAAAUAUAUUUGGUAAUUUUAACUAUUGGUGUGCUCAUUUAUGCAUAGAGAUUCACUUAUGAAUGGGUAGAGCCACAGAGGGUAGAGACUUAACCAAAGUGCUCUUCUAUAAUCCUUGCACCUCCUGUUUAGUUAAAUUAACUUUUAAAGUAGGGUACCUUCUUUUCUUAAAAUGAUAUGUAGCUUCCUGUGCCCUUUCAAAGGUCUUAAAUUAAUUUUUACAUUUUAAAUAAGUUGAGUAUUUCCUUAAAUUUUUUUUUUUUUUUUUUUUUUUUACUUUUCUGUUAUCUGUUUCUACUACCUCAGACUGCAGCUUGGUUCUGUUAUAGAACUUGAACUUUUCCUUGCAGUUAUUGUGAUAAAGUAUGAAUAUUUUAAAAAGGUCUAUACCAUGUUCUUUGGUUAAAGAUUUGCUUUAUACUAGAUUGUUGCAAUACUAGAUUGUUGCAGUACCUUUUUCUGGUGAAUUUUGUAGCAAAAAUAAAGUGAUAAUUGUUAACAGCCAUGACAUUUAAAAAAUUCA